AUGAGGACAUCAUCUCUGUUGGCCUUGUUGGCUACCGGUGCCCAAGCCAUCUGGCCUCUGCCUUCGAAAUAUACAUCUGGCCACGGAGUGCUUUUCAUUGAUCAGGCCAAGGUCAAGGUCACCUACAAUGGACCUGGACAUGUGAGCCUUUCUUCCCUCUUCCCCGGUGAUCCGAUGUUUACUUAUGGCGAGCAGCAGCCGCAGGGCAACAAGCAGAGUGGGACUGCUGGAGCACCGCGGAUCAUCUCGAGCGCCAUUGAUAGGACAUACGACACUCUGUUCAACAAGAACUUCGUGCCCUGGAUGCUUCAUCCGAGACUGUCGAAUUUUGAACCUUCGCCCAAUGGUGCGGCGUAUGUGUCGUCGAUCGUCCUCGACCACACCGGACCAGAUCCUGGUGCAGAUGCUGCCGAGGUCGAUGAGUCGUAUAGUCUGCAGUUGACCAAGGACGGAAAAGUCACUGUCACUGCGAAGACUGCGAUUGGAAUUCUCUAUGGACUUACAAGUUUCACACAGCUGUUCUACAAGCACUCGAACGGCGACGUGUACACCGACAAAGCCCCAGUCUCCAUCACAGACUCUCCAAAGUUCAAGUGGCGUGGACUCAACGUCGACACAUCCAGGACUUUCAAGCCAAUGGCCGACAUGUACCGCACUGUAGAUGCUCUGGCUUACAACAAAUUCAACCGCCUGCAUUGGCAUGUGACUGAUGCUCAGACCUGGCCAAUUGAGAUCCCAUCGAUGCCGGAGCUCGCAGACAAGGGCGUCUACGUUAACUCCCAGAGGUACACGGCUGAGGACUUCAAAGCACUGCAAGAGUACGGCGAGCAACUCGGUGUCAAUGUCGUCACGGAAUUCGACAACCCAGGCCAUACUUCCUCCAUCUGGUUCUCCCAUCCCGACCUGAUCGCAGCUUUCAACGUACAACCCGACUGGACAAAUUACUGCGCCGAACCACCCUGCGGAACGCUCAAACUCAACUCCCCCAAAGUCUACGCCUUCCUCGAGAAACUCCUCGACGACUGGCUCCCACGCGUGACCGGAACCCGCUACUUCCACCUCGGCGGCGACGAAGUCAACAAAAACGCCUACACCCUCGACGACACCGUCCAUAGCAACGCCAGCAACAUCCUCCAACCCCUCAUGCAAAAAUACAUGGAUCGCAAUAUGAACCAGGUAACGAAGAAAUACUCCCUCACCCCCCUGGUGUGGGAAGAAAUGCUCCUGGAGUGGAACCUCACCCUCCCCAAAGAUACCAUCGUCCAAACCUGGCAGAGCGAUGAAGCCGUCCUGCAGACCGUGCAGAAGGGCUACCGGGCUCUCGCGGGCAACUCGAAUUACUGGUAUCUCGACUGCGGCAAGGGCCAAUGGCUAGAUUUCUAUCCGCAGAACGCGGCGGGCUUCUGGCCUUUUACCGAUUAUUGCUCUCCCGUGAAGAGUUGGAGGGACAUGUACAGCUAUGACCCCCUCCAGGGCGUUCCGCCGAACCUGCAACAUCUUGUCCACGGAGGCGAGACGCAUAUCUGGAGUGAGCAGACGGAUAGCGUGAAUCUGGAUAAGAUGGUGAGUCCUCCCGCCACCCUCUCGUGUUGAAGAAAGGGUUUCCUUGCUGAUGUGUGCUUUUCUUUCAAAAGGUCUGGCCACGAGCCUGCGCCGCGGGCGAAGUCUUAUGGAGCGGAGCUAAGGAUGCGUCGGGACAGAAUCGCUCGCAGGUCGAGGCUUCCCCGAGACUUGCGGAGAUGCGCGAGAGGCUUGUCGCGAGGGGUGUCGGUGCCGAGCCCAUCCAGAUGCCGUUCUGUACGCAGAAUGGCACGCAGUGUGCUUUUCCUGCCCCUUGA